AUGCCGACCGGGGGCUGCUUCUGUGGGAAUAUCAAGAUCGAGUACUCUGGCGAGCCGGCCAUGACUGCGCUCUGCCACUGUGCCGACUGUCGCAAGAUCUCUGGUGGAAACUACUCGAACAACUUUGUCGUGCCGAGCUCCAAUUUCAAAGUCACUCAAGGCACACCCAAGGAAAUCAGCAAGACGGCCGACAGUGGAAAGUCCAUCACCAGCUGCUUCUGCCCCGACUGUGGCACCACGCUGUUCCGAUAUGGCGACACCUUCGGCGGCAUCGAUGGCAUGAGGAUCAUCAAAGCGGGUGUCUUGGACGAUGUAAACCUGCUCCACAACACCAAACCUGGCGCCGAAUUGUUUGCGCCUGAGCGCAUCAAGUGGAUUCCAGCUUUGGAUGGCGCGGGUCAAGUUGACGCAAUGCCACCACCAUCUUGAAAGAACGCG